UCACCGCCCCUCCUCCCUCGCCCCCGGGUACCACUUCACUGUAGUUACUUAGUAUUGGUACUUGACUACCAUUCUGCGAGUACCUUUCACUUCCUCUAUAAUAAAGUCCCCACCGCCUUCCUCUCAAGCUCCAAUCCCAAUUCCUCUACAAAAGCUCUCCUCUUCCCUCUCUUCCUUCCGCCUCAGACCAUACACAACCUUUUCAAUCCUCCCCAUACCUUCCCAUUCCUUUUCCUUUUUCUUGUCCUUGCCCUUGUUCUCGUCCUUCCCCCUCCACACAUCACUCACAAUGCGCUUCAGCGUGCCCAUCUGUGCCCUGUUGGCCAGCGUUGCGCUCGCCUCCGACGUCCACGACCUCAAGAAGGACACCUUCAAGGGUUUCAUUGAGGAGAACGACCUCGUCCUCGCAGAGUUCUUCGCACCAUGGUGUGGCCACUGCAAGGCCCUCGCCCCCGAGUAUGAGUCCGCCGCCACAACCCUCAAGGAGAAGAAUAUCCCACUCGUCAAGGUCGACUGCACAGAGGAGCAGGAUCUCUGCCAGGAAUAUGGUGUCGAGGGUUACCCCACCCUCAAGGUCUUCCGUGGCCCCGAGACCAUUUCAUCAUACGGUGGCCAGAGGAAAGCAGAUGCCAUUGUCUCCUACAUGACGAAGCAAUCGCUCCCUGCCGUAUCCGACAUCACCAAGGACACCAUCGAGGAGUUCAAGACCGCCGACAAGGUCGUCCUCGUCGCCUACUUCGCCGCCGAUGACAAGGCCUCGAACGAGACCUUCACCGCUGUCGCCAACGGCCUCCGUGACGACUACCUCUUCGGAGCCACCAACGACGCUGAGCUCGCCAAGGCUGAGGGCGUCAAGCAGCCCGGCCUCGUCCUCUACAAGUCCUUCGAUGAUGGCAAGGACGUCUACACGGAGAAGUUCGACAAGGCCGCCAUUGAGACUUUCGCCAAGGUCGCCGCCACUCCCCUCAUCGGCGAGGUCGGUCCUGAGACCUACAGCGGCUACAUGGCUGCUGGCAUUCCCCUUGCCUACAUCUUCGCCGAGACCCCCGAGGAGCGCGAGGAGCUCUCCAAGCAGUUCAAGCCCCUCGCUCAGAAGCACAAGGGCGUCAUCAACUUCGCCACCAUCGAUGCAAAGGCUUUCGGCCAACACGCCGGCAACCUCAACCUCGAGGUCGGCAAGUGGCCCGCCUUCGCCAUCCAGAAGACCGAGAAGAACGAGAAGUACCCCUACGACCAGGAGAAGGCUCUCACCGAGAAGGACAUUGGCCAAUUCGUCGAGGACUUCGUCGCGGGCAAGGUCGACCCCAGCAUCAAGUCCGAGCCCAUCCCCGAGAAGCAGGAAGGCCCCGUCACCGUCGUCGUCGCCAAGAACUACCAGGAGCUCGUCAUCGACAACGACAAGGACGUUCUCCUCGAGUUCUACGCUCCGUGGUGCGGACACUGCAAGGCUCUUGCUCCCAAGUACGAGGAGCUCGGUGCUCUCUACGCUUCUGAGGAGCUCUCCAAGUUGGUGACCGUCGCCAAGGUGGACGCCACCGCCAACGACGUCCCCGACGAGAUCCAGGGCUUCCCCACCAUCAAGCUCUUCCCCGCUGGCAAGAAGGACUCCCCCAUCGACUACUCCGGUGCCCGCACCGUCGAGGACCUCGCCGAGUUCAUCAAGGAGAACGGCUCCCACAAGGCUGCCGCCGCCGUGGCCAAGGAGCCCGAGGUCGAGGAGGAGAAGGAGGACCUUGCCGAGCAGGCCGCCGCCGCGUCCGAGAAGGUCGCCGAGAAGGUCGAGGAGGCCACCGAGAGCGUCAAGUCGGCGGCUUCCGAGGCCACCGAGGCUGCCAAGGAUGGCGAUGAGCACGACGAGUUGUAAAUUACAAAAUAUGAUUCCCCUUUCCUUCUCUCUCUCCAUUCAGCCUCUGUCCAGCUUAGUCUACCCUAUUCCCCCCUUGGUAUGGGGGCGUUCUAUGUGGAGUAAUGCUUAAAAGAAAGAUGAAGAAAAACGAAAGAGAUAGGACACGAGCAUAAAGAGAAAAGGGAAAAUGAAUUGACGACGACGAUUUGGGUGUGUCUUGUACUCCUCCCCCUCCUCCUACCCACCCUACCCAAAGCAUGGUGGGGUGUUUGAAUCCUGAAAGGUCACUUUGAUGGUUUGUGUUAUUCGAGCCUUGUCUUUUUGUUCUUUUCCCCUGCUUGUCUGAGUGGGGGGGGCGGCGUUACACAUUACCGGAAAUGGGGAAAGUUUUUUAUGGACAUUAUGGCAAUAUGGAAAUGAUUUUUUUUAU